CAUCAACAGCACAGGCGUACCUCAUCUCAAGCAGCGCCGCCGUCGUCAGCGAGUCAGCAUGACGCAGGAAGCACCGCAGGCCGGUGGCUCUGCCGCCAGCGAGACACCGCUGCCGUACGUCGUGUACGCGCCCGACGACUUCCACCCGGACGGCAUCGCCCGCGCGCGCCAGCUCUUCCGCACCGUCGUGGCGCUGGGCGACGACGGCUGGCAGCAGUGGCCGGAGCACGCCGAGGGCCUCAUGUCGCGCAUCCGCCACGUGCACGGCGCCGACAUCCGGCGCGCCGUGCGGCUGCGUGCCAUUGCCAAGCAGGGCGUCGGCCUCAACUCCAUCGACGUCGCCGCGGCGCGCGAGUGCGGCAUCAGCGUGUGCAACUCGCCCGGCAUCAACGCCGACUUUGUCGCAGAGCUGGCGCUCGGACUGGCCAUCAGCGUGGCGCGCCGCAUCGGCGAGGGCGACCGGCGCAUGCGUGCCGGCGAGGCGCUCAUUGCUACCGAGCUCAUGGGCCACUCCGUCUUUGGCCGCACGAUUGGCAUCGUCGGCAUGGGCCACGCCGGCCUCGCCACGGCGCGCAUCUUCCAGCGCGCCCUCGGCUGCCGCGUCGUGGCGUACAGCGGCGGGCACAGCGCGCAGGCUGGCUGGAGCGAGGUGCCGCACGAGCGCUGCGACUCGCUCGAGGAGCUGCUCAAGCAGGCUGAGAUCCUCUCGCUGCACAUUCCGCUCACGGCCAAGACGGAGGGCAGCAUCGGUGCCAAGCAGUUCGCCCUGCUGCCUCCCAACGCGAUCCUCAUCAAUUGCGCCCGCGGCGGCGUCGUCGACGAGGCGGCGCUGCUCGAGGCGCUCCGCUCCGGGCGCCUCGGUGGUGCCGGCCUCGACACGCUGGCCCACGAGCCAGCCACAGCCGAGCGCUACGGCAACGGCCUCUACGCAUGCAGCAACGUCGUGGUGUGUCCGCACAUCGGCGCCGCAACCGAGGAUUGCCAGCGCAUCAGCGCCAUUGCCGUCGCCGAGAACCUGGCGCUGCUGCUCCAAGGCAAGGUCUGCCCAGGCACGGUGCCAUGACCAACGCAGGAGACUACAUAGACGCAUAGACAUGCCGCGUGACGUUGCAAACAUCGGCUACAGCUCCCAGAGCGAGGACGAGGUGUGUGCAGCAGCAUGCGCGGCUCAAGAGGCGGCGCAGCGCGGAGGAGCGGGACAGUGUAUGAGAUGCUGAGAGAAAGAAACGUGAUG